AUGCGACGAGCGCAACCGCGCUGGCCAAGUUGGCUUUGGCAAAGGAUCAUCGACCUCAACAUAACUGCACAAGCAAAUGCCCAUAUUGCCUCACUCCAACAAGGAGGAAGUGGUCCGAUCCCGUACCACGCGCCUCCGCAGAAUAUGGGCUUCAUGGGAAAUUUCGCGCAGCGUCCUACAACCUCGACCUUUGGAUCACAAAGCCAAGGUUUCCAGGGCAAUGCCAGUAACUCGCGAGUCCCUGGUCCGAUGAACCCUCUGAAUGACCGCAUGAACAACCUGACAAUCGCCGAACCGGCUUGGCAGUCACCCACCAACUUCAGUCAAGAUGGCUCAGUCCAAGGCCACGGUCGCGGACGGGGUCGCGGUCGCGGUGCAUCCCCGGGAGGCUCUGAUAUGAAUCAACGCGGACGGGGUCGUGGGGGUUAUCGCGGAGGCAAUCGUGGAGGUUUCGCUAGUACGGCAAGCGCGACCUCUCCAGCAACAUUCGCGGGUGAGCUGAGUUAUCCGGACUUCCGAAAUCUGAGCAUCGAAGACAAAACGCCGAAUGGUGUGGGUAGAGAGUGGAAGCUCUCUGAAGCAGUGAAGAAUGCCAAAGAGACUUCCGGUGCGAUCGAGUCACCCACUCAUCCUAUACGUCAGAAUUUCCUCGACCUCAAACCGGAGAGGAAAGUGCUUACAAACCACUUCGAGUAUUCGGUUUCAGCAGACGUAUUCUAUGAGUACAAGAUCAACAACAUCGGGAGCAAAGACAAGAGGAGGACGAAGCUAGUUUACCAGAAAGCUAUCGAAUCUUGGGAGUUCUUGAAAUUACACAACACCAAGUUGGUCACAAACAACUUUGACUCGAUCGUCGCUUGGGAGAACCUUCAUCAACACAUCUUGGAAGGUCCAAUUAGAGGCGACAACGAAUCCACUGGCCUUUGGAAAAUGACACUUCAAGACGGUACCAGUUCCCUCGAGCUUGAGUUCGAACUGGUGAGAAAGAUCGACGUCAGUGAUUUCCAACGAUACUCAAACGCGGAUCCUCAGCAGGAGAAUCAAAGCUUUGACGUCAUAUCUCGGUGUCUGAACCUCGUCAUCUCGAAGACAUUUGAUGACAGCAAGCUUUACCGCCAGUCUGCCAACAAAUUUUUCGUUAAAGACGCGAGGUCACUACUCUGGUCAGGACAGGUAUCGUCUCAAUCUCUCGAGAUCGUGCGCGGCUAUUAUUACAAUGUCAAACCCGGUACAGGAUGCAUCAUUCUCAACUUCAACCUGGCAACCAGUGCGUUCUUCAAGCCCAUUCUCGUCAGCAACUUCCUCCAAGAUACAAAUACCUUUGGUGGUCAUCAAGAAGACAACCUCAAAGGUCUCCGAGUGUUUGUCGUAACCGAUAGACGCAGGAUCCCAGGCGAAGAAGCAAACUAUGACAAGCUAAAUAGUGCCAGUAGCCGAACCAAGAAGGUCAACUUCAUCGGCCCCGCCCUGGGCACUCUGACAUUCCAGAUGAGGGUGAAGAAUGCCGACGGAACAUUUGCCAAGAAUCCCGAUGGAUCUUACAGAAAGACAGGAAAUCACAUCAACGUUGUAAAUUAUCUCAGAGACACCUUCGGGCAUACAGCCGACACAACGCGGAAAGCUAUCAAUUGUGGUACGGAGAAGGAACCUGUAUGGUAUGCCCAGGAGCAACUCCAAAUUCUGCCAUGGCAAAUCUAUCGACGGCCAGUUCCAGAGAAGUUCGCCAGUGGGAUGGUCCAAGAGGCUGCGAAAAAGCCUGACGAGAGCCGAGCCCUCAUCGAGAACGAAGGACUGCGUAAUCUGGGCUUCGAUCAGCAAAGCGUUACGAGCGCUCUAUUCAGCAACGUAGUAAGUGUUUGA